UCAUGCACACGUGCGCCAGAUUGGGGGCAACGCCCCUCGGCAUAGAAUGUAUAUAUGAGAGCGCUAUCGUUCAAUAAACGUUCUUUCGACGCACAUGACCCGUGCAAGCCACAUGGUGUCAGAAGUGGUCGGACCGCAGCCGAUACACGCAGCCGGCGAACGAACAGCGGACGCGUAGCAAGCCAACAGGGGCGGCUCGGAGGUCCCAACCAGCUACAAGCAUGCAGAACGGGGAACAGCGCCAGCAGGCCAGCGGACCAGUCACCACGCUAUUGCCACCGCCGAAAGCCCUGGACACCACAGGAGACGUAUGGCGAAGCUGGAAGACAUGGCGGCAAGAGUUCGAGCUCUUCGCAACGGCAACAUACCUGAACCAGCAACCGAAAGAGGUACAGGCAGCCACCUUUCUUAUGAUUAUCGGAGAGGACGCACGCAAGACGUACAGCACUCUUGAUUUUGCAACUGACGAAGAGAAGUCGGACGUAGAAGUACUGAAAAUGAAGUUUGAGGCAUUUUACAAACCAGCUCUAAACUUAGCCUACCAUGAGUUCCGCUUUGGAAAGUGCGACCAAAAGGACGGUGAAAGUUUCAAUGACUGGCUGACAGACCUCAGAGUGCUAGCAAAAAGCUGCGAGUUUGGGCAGCUUGAAGAGCGUAUGCUGAGAAGCCGUAUUAUUCUCGGAAUUAGAGAUAAAAAGCUGCAAGAAAAGCUAAUCUCCGAAAAUGCUUCUUUCACGAAGACCGUAGAAAUGUGUCGCUCUCGUGAACAUGGCAAAGAACAGUGUGAAGAGAUACAGGCGCGCCCGAAAAGCGAUUACGCAGCCGAGAUGAACGCGCUAUCUGAAGCGAAAGGUCAGCGUUGUACAAAGUGCGCAAAGGUUCAUCAGACCGACCGUGUGUGCCCAGCAAAGGGACGCACGUGCAGGAAAUGCGGUGGCAGAAAUCACUUUGCGAUAGCCUGCAAGAAGAUGCAAAAAAGAUUUCAUUCGAAAGAGCACGCAGUAGCAUCUGUCGAUGCAGAAGAAGGCGAUUUCUGGUUAGAAACGCUAUCGCAUGCCCGUGGGAAAGACGACCGCUGGACGGCUACCGUUGAGAUAGAAGGAAAGCCUAUUUUUUGCAAGUUAGACACAGGCGCAACAUGCUCGGUUAUAGCACGCAGCCAGCUGCAGAAAAUAACAAACAAGCAGCCACUUGAUUGCAACGUUGUUUUAAACACAUUUUUUGGCUUCCAGAAAAAAGCGACGAAACAAGUUCGUCUUGAAGUGGCAACGAGAGAAAGCAAGAUUCUGACAGAGUUUUUCGUCGUGGAUGACGAAAUCGCCGUGACCUUGAGCGGUACAGUUGCCGAAGAGCUUGGCUUGCUCCAACGUGUCUGCUCUGUCGACCAAAUAGAGCUUUACGGCACUGCCAAGCCUUACGAAGACGUGUUUGAAGGUCUGGGUCAACUGGAGGGUAUUGUCUACCAUCUAAAGCUCAAGCCCGGGUCCCAGGGAGUAGUGAAACCAGCACGGCGGAUUCCAAUAGCAUUGCAAAGCAAGGUGAAAGCUGAGCUCGACCGCAUGGAGACUGCUGGAGUCAUCGUGAAAGUGACCGAGCCGACAGAGUGGGCCAGCAACAUGGUCGUUGUUACAAAAGGAGAGAAGGAGUCCGUCCGGUACUUGGGACACAUUUUGACGCGCGACGGCCUGAGCCUGGAUCCACAGCGGCUAGAAGACAUCUUGCAAGUCCAGACGCCAAGCAACCAGAAAGAGCUGCAGACGUUCCUGGGCAUGGUUUCAGACAGACGGCUGAGCCAAGUUCUACAAGAGACCGACCAGGACCCUGUGAUGGUGAAACUUCGACAGUACGCAAGCAGUCAGUGGCCGGAGAGCAAAGCUGACGUCAGCAGCGAGCUACGAUGCUACUGGAGCUUCCGCGACGAGCUGCAUACGCAAGAUGGCCUAAGACUCAUGGGCCGAAAUGCGAGGACGCUGCUGCCAGUCACGGAAACCCACCUGCGACCGCAGACCAUACCGCCAGAGGAGGUUCAACGGCGGCUCCACGUCAUCAGAAGUAGACAACGUUCCUACUACAACAGGGGUACAAGGCCGCUACCAGGACUUCCUGAGGGCUCCAGCGUCACAGUGUACAACGUACCAUCAAAGACCUGGUCCCCUGCUACGGUUAUCAAGCCUGCCAACAGUCCGAGAGCCUACAUUGUUGAGACCGAAGAUGGACUCCAGUUGCAGCGCACCAGAGAACAUCUCCGUCUGGCCCCCACUCCACUGGUGCCCCCCACACAAGAACAUCAAGCUGACGUGGGCCCCGCCGAGCCACAACUACGCAGAAGCGAACGCAAUCGCCGGCCACCGCAAAGAUACCCCAUGCCGGAACUUUAG